AUGUGUUACCCUUCUAGUUUUGUUGAACAUGAUAGACGAUUUCCACGGAUUCCUUCCCUUAUUCAUCACAUUCCGCCGCCUAUUCAUCACAUAAUUCCGUCCAUUCCUCCACCUGUAAUUGCGCCACCACAAAGAUCAAACAGCCAGCCUUGGACGGACAAACUUGAUGGACUAAUUUACACAGAAUCUGAAGAAUGCGAUAGUGACGCAAGUAUUAGUAUUGGCCGAAAAGUGGCCGCUGGUUUAUCACAACUUGAUAAUUCGCCUCUUAUUGCUUACUCGCCCCCAUUGGAUCAACAAAGAAAAACUAGUAAUCCAAAAACUCGUCCACCGCCCAUCUCUGUUACUGGAAAACUCUUCUGUCGUGUAAAUAACAAAUCUUCUGACAACAUAAAUACAUCAACUAAUUCACUAAAUCUGACAAAAAAUCCAUCAAAAGUUGAUAUGUUUGCUGAACUUGUAAAAGAGGACCGGCAACAGAUGUCAAAUGAGAAUAUUGAGACAAUCACGAUGGGGUCGGUGAUUUGUGAAGGAGGUUUUGGCAGUGCUCGUAUGCGGAGAUUUGUAUCUGGUAGUGUAACAAGUUCAAACACAUCUCCAUCAUUGAAUUGA